GGUAUGGUGAGGGCAUAUUCGAUCCAACCGCCCACGCCCCGCACGCUGCCGCCACCGUCGUCACGCCUCCCACGCCCGCACUAUUUCCCCUGCCCGCACCUGCCUUCGUCGGCACAAAACCGCCGCCACUUUGCACUGCCGGCCACGCCGCCGAUCGACCGAUGACUCCGCGCUGUCCGGAUGGCGGCGCAUCCUCCCCCUGCUCCUGCCGCUGCUGCGGCGGCAGCAGCGACGGCCGGCGGGCUGCUGCUGUGGCUGCACGGCUCCGCCGAGACGGGCGAGCAGAGCCUCGGCCAGAUCGCGCCCUACUUCUCGGCCGCCCCCGCCAUCCGCCUCUCCUUCCCCACCGCCCCCGUCGCCUGCUAUGGUGAGGUGGUGCUCAAUGCGUGGUUCGGCAUCCCGGAGGUCCCCAUAACCGCUACCACUGUUAGAGAUGAGCGAGGAGUCCUAGAAGCUGUUGAGCACGUUCACGAAAUGUUAGACAAAGAAGUGGCUGCCGGGACGAGUCCUACAAACAUUUUCAUCUGUGGAUUAAGCCAAGGAGGUGCUCUAGCCAUAGCAAGUGUUCUGCUCUACCCCAAGACUUUAGGUGGGUGUGCUGUCUUCAGUGGUUCAGUUCCCCUGAGCAAAUCAUUUGCUGACAGGGUGACACCUGAAGCCAGAAAGACGCCGGUUUUAUGGUUCCAUGGGAUGGCAGACGGGGUGGUGCUGUUCGAAGCCGGGCACGCCGGGUGCGCAUUUCUCCAGGAGCUUGGCAUGGCCUGCGAAUUCAAGACUUAUCCAACUCUUGGGCACUUGCUGGUGGAUGAAGAGCUCCAGUAUUUUCGACGAUGGAUAUCCGAUCAUCUAGGGAUCUCCCAAGGAACUGAAGCUGCAAGACCGUCGUCAUCGUCGUCGUCGAACCACGAAGAUCUACACUAGCUAGAGUACUUCACAUUUUUAUGGAGUAGAGUACUAGUACUACAUAUGUGACCUGAAUCUCAGUUUAUCUUGGCACGUGGAUGCUUUGGAACAUGAUCCAAUUAAAGUUAUUUUUUUAUAACAUGCAACCAAAGGAUUAUGAUACUAUUAUUACAGUUGACCAGUUUUCUGCCAUCUCAA